GAGGGAUGCACCUCACGCAGCUGAACGGGGAAUGCCUUCUCCACCUUUUUUCUUUCCUGGACAAAGAGAGCCGGAAAAACUUAGGCCAGACAUGCCGCCGCUUGAUGACCGUCUUCCGGGAGCCCUCGCUGUGGCCUCUGCUCAAAUUCCGCUCUCCUUCGGAGCUCACCAAGGGCAACUAUGUGCUGGGACCGGCCCUGCGCCACCUCUCCAUCGCCUGGCACUCCAGCCGUGUCAAAGUCUGCAACAUCGAGGACUGGCUGAAGACGGCCUUCCAAAGGGACAUCUGCAGCACCCACGAACACACCGUCAGUGACUUUUUGCUCCAGGUUUGCCAGAGAUGCCCAAAUCUUCUGGCCGUGAGCCUUUCGGGGUGUGGCCACGUCACGGACGAAGCAGUGGUAUCGUUGCUCCGGAGCUGCCCCUGCCUCAAGAUCCUCCAACUGGAAAACUGCGUCCGGAUCAGCGACCGGACUCUGGAAGCCGCUGUCCUCUACGCUGACUCUUUACGAACGCUGCGGGUGGAUUUCUGCAGGAACAUCACCCGGGCCGGUUUGCAGAGAUUCCGGAAAAAGCGUCCUGCAGUCGCUCUGAAAGCGGAGAGGAGUGCGGACAUGAUCCCAGACCAAAAACCGGGCGACAUCUGGACAUCUGACAGAACAGCGAAGAAACUGCUGUGGUACUAGGAGCGUCCUGUUAUGGGUGGGCUUAC